UAGCAUACACCACAGGUCACGUUGCCUGGGGUUGGGAAGAGCAACCGCAAAACUAUCCCUCUCUGGUUAGCAAGUCGUAAUUGAGACACCCCAAGAGUCAUAAACAACACCCUCAUCUUCAGGAUGAACGUAGACGAGAUGCUGUCAGACGCCCCUAGCAGCUUCAGCCAGGACGCUGCUGCCGGAGCUGGGGAGAGCGGCAAGGUCACAGGAGGGGGGAUGAACCCGAAGAAGCUCAGGGAAGAGAUAGAGCUGGCAAAGACACGCCUCUCAGAUCAGAAGUUCAGGAUCACUGACUAUCCCGAUCCGCUGCUGCCUCGGAAAGGUAUCAGCCCCAAGAAGUACCCUGCCGGUGUUACUGCUGAGAUAGAGGAGCGUCUAAUGGCCGUUAUUGCAAAGACCCAGGCGACAUCGAAUGCUUGAUGCCAUGGAAAGAUAGGAGAGCGUGUUAUGGGAGUGUUUUUUUGGGGGGGCUGUUCAUCGAGAUACAUGGUCCUGGGGGCCAAUGCUGCGGUUCAGUCCAAGUCUUGUGGCUCGUCCGUUUUCUAUUGUCCGUAUUGUUAAAGACAAUAGUAAUUCAUGGCCAAUUGUCGGCCAGCUCCGUCCCCCUCAGAAUAAAUUCAACUUUACACAUCAACUUUGCCCUUCUCCCUUCCUACUUU